AUGGCCAAACCAAACACACAUGACUUCGCCUCCAAGAGACACAACAGUUUCCACUGGACAACAAAAGUCGGAUCACACGAAAACGACGACGUUUCCUCACACAACUCUCUUCCCGACAAGACCAAACACAACAACAACUCUUCCUCUUCCAAAAGAAAGCUCCAAACCUUCGCCGUCUCUCGUCUCCGUUCAGUCAUCUCCUCUCUCGCCAGAGCCCGACCCGGUAACAACAGCUCCGGACUCGGGUCCCGGGUCGUGGGCACACUCUUCGGAUCACGCCGAGGCCACGUGCAUUUCUCCGUCCAGAAAGACCCGGCUUCCCCUCCGGCGUUUCUCAUCGAGCUCGCUACUCCGAUCAGUGGACUCGUCAAGGAGAUGGCUUCGGGGCUCGUGAGGAUCGCUCUGGAGUGCGACAAGGCCAAGGAGGAAGCUAAAGGAGAAGACGGUGAUCGCCGUCCACGGCGGUUGGUGGAGGAGCCGGUGUGGAGGACUUACUGCAACGGGAAGAAGUGUGGUUUCGCGGCGAGGAGGGAGUGCGGUGAGAUGGAGAAGAAAGUUUUGAAGGCGCUCGAGAUGGUUUCCAUGGGCGCCGGAGUUUUGCCGGAGACGGUGGAGUUACCCGGCGGCGGCGGCGGCGACGGUGACGGCGGCGGCGGCGGCGACGGUGACGGCGGCGGUAGAGGCGUUGGUCACGGUGGUGGUGGUGGUAGUGUCGGUGUCGGCGGCGGCGGUGGUGGCGGCGGAGGCGGUGGUGGCGGCGGAGGCGGUGACGGCGGCGGCGGCGGUGGAGGAGAUGUAAUGUAUAUGAGGGCGAAGUUCGAGAGAAUCGUGGGGUCGCGUGACUCUGAAGCUUUCUAUAUGAUGAAUCCUGAUAGCAAUGGAGCUCCGGAGCUUAGUAUCUAUCUACUCAGAAUCUGA